CGUAAUUGAAAGAGGACACAUCUAAGCCUGAAGAAGAUGGAACUAGCGAAGAGAGACAAAACGCGCAGCAUCUCCUGCAGGAUUCGUCGUUGGUCGAGAGUGAGCGAGGAGAACGAGUAAAGCCAGAGGAAGAGAACGACCAAACACUCGUUGGAAGGAACGAAGAGGGAGGACGAAAGCCAGGAGGGGUAAGGAACUCUCAAUUUGGUUGGCUGUCGCUUACCACCGUUUUGUGCGUGCCUAUCCCUCUUCAGGCGAGAAUCGGAGAAGAUCGACUGUAGUCGAAGGUGGUGGGGUUGGUAGAAGGACAGGAGUAAGCAAGCGAAAGAGAAAAAGGCCGAAGAGAGACAGACUCAGUUUCGGCCAAGUAUUUGGACGAGACAGGAGGGAGAAGUAUAAGCGAGAGGGAGAGAGAAAGAGAGAGAGUGAGAGAAAACAUAACGGAGGAAGUGAGAAGGGUGAGAGUUCUUCCAACGAGCGUGAUGGAACGAUGGAGCCUUCGUGAGAGAAAGAGAAAGUUUAAACGUUAGACGAAGAGAAGCACGAUUCGCCGGUGUUGGACGAGAAGGGAGAAAGACGUUCAGAGUGCGCGACAAAGUGAGUGGAAGAGAGAUGAUUAUAGAGUACGAGGGGAAACACGUUCAAGUCGGAGAGAGAAAGGCAGAAUUCGAAGAGUCGGCAAGUGACGACGAAGAGGGGGUGGCGAGUAUUGGCGAAGGAAGCAGUGUGGGGCGGAACACGGCGAGGGAGGGGUGAGGGGAGGAGGUGCCUUGGCGCGAGCCCGAGGUCUCGAAACUACAGAAUUCCAGUCGGCAGAGUAGUGCCGGCGUUCGUACCACACGGUUCUACGGUAGUAGUGAGCAAGUGUAAAUCCGAGGAGAGUGAGAAAAAGGGAAGAAGAGAGAGAAAGAGAGAGCGAGCGGGGGGCUGAACGGAGGGGUGACGCAAGGCUGAGAUGCCUGCGUCUCAUUGUGUUCGCGGCGUCAGUUCUGUCGUUCUCGCAGUACCGGAAUAUGUGACGUCAGGUGAUCACUUUUGAGACGCCCACGAUCAAUUGUGAACAGAGAGAGACUCCGAGUGAGCUGUACUACACAGAAGAAAUAGACACCGCAGAUUGCAGUGAACAAAGUGCAAAGUGAACCGCGCUACUAACAAUUUUCAAAAUAAAAAUCGUCGGGAAUUCGAAACGCGUUUCCCUCCGGAAUUUUUCUCUUUCGGGACACCGUGUAAUCGUCUCGCCGAACGAGGGUGACCUUGCUCCGAAACGAGGAAUGUAGAUACGAGAGCCGCUCAACAUGUAAAUCAUGAGCGGUACGCGCGUUCGCUUCUGUUUUGUUUCGUUCGUCCCGGCGCCGAGGUAACCGGCAUCGUUUGAAUCUCGUUAUUGAAAGUCGCGUCCCCGGCGCCACGGUGGGAAAUAGCAAGUGGUACCGUCUUGCUGUCGUCGUCAUCGUCGUCAUCACGUCGUCCAACCGAGGCCGACGAUGUUGCACGCGGUGAUCGCGAUUUCUCGAGUGACAUUGAGUUGGACAUUCGCGUCUGGAGUCAGUGCGAUCAUAUGAUAAAUGUAGAACACGCUGUAUCCCCGGUUUCUUUUUGUUUUCUCCUUUCUUCUCGUUUUUUUGUUUGAUCCUCUUCCUCACCUACCCCCACCCGCCCGCUACCAGCUCAGCUGUCGCAAGGCGUAUUAUUUCGUCCCCGCCGAGACUGGGCCCACACAAGUGACUUAUCUCACGGUGCCAUUUCGCGCUAUCAUCGUCGUGCCCAUAUGACAUCUCGUGUGAUUCUGCGUCACGAGACGCAAUUUAGGAGGUGGCGAAGUGAAAUAAUCGAAAACAGAAAGAAAGGGAAAACAGGAUUACCUCGUUUGAGCGCGCGCGUACGAGCGCGUAGCAAGUACUCAUGUAUAUUUCGUCCAGUUUUAUUCUGUUAGUGUUGUGUACAAGCUACUAUUUGAUCGCGUAUAUCACGCGUGCGAGUAAACGACGAUUGAAGCGCGUGACUUGACGGCGCGAAGACGGAGGGGAAAGGACAAUAUGAGUGAGAUGACGAGUGCCGUCGAGACGCAGCAACAACAGCAACAGUACGUAAGCGGUAGUUCUAAUGCGGAGCAUCGUUGCAAAGAUUGCGGUCUUAACUUCGAGAGCGAUAAGAGCCUGGAGGUACAUCUGCGGUAUCAACAUCAAAAUUUGCUAAACCAAUGGGCCAAUAAGGCACAGCAGGAAGAGAGUAAUAAUAAUCAUAGCAAGACUGGCAAUCACAAUAGCCACGUGAGCGCUAGCCGGGACAGCGUGCCGGCGGAUUCGAGCGAGCGGUCAUCAAUGUCGCCCUCUCAGGAUCUAACGCAACAACAAACACAACAAACACAGCAACAAUCGCAACAAUCUCAGCAACAGCCUGCCAUACAUGCAAUUGUAUGUCAACCAUACGAUUUUGUUAGAACGCCAAUGUUUAGCGAGGGCGGCUACUUUAUGCAGAACGAUCAAACUUACAUCAUGCCGCAUCACUUUUCGCCAUCACAGGAAGACGGCCAGAGCAACGGCGGUCGCGACAAUUACGUACGCUAUUCGUAUCAACCGUAUCAACAUCAGCAAUUGUUUCCCUCGGAAACAAUUCAUGCGACUUCUAAUUCUACCAGCCCACACAGCCCGCCUUUCCAUUGUGACAAAUGCGGUGCCGCUUACGAGGACGCGAAUCAAUUAGGUGAGCACAUGAGAACAAAUCAUUUAGACUCGCCUACCGCGUAUCCAGCUGCACCUCAAUAUCAGCAGCUGGGUAACAGUCCUCAGCAACAGGGCCAACAGUUGCACUCCUCGCCGCCUCUCUCAAAUCAACCGCAACAAGCCGGCUACGAGUACAACGGUGGACAAACAAUCAAGUCCGAGAUGAAGCAAGAACAGCCCGAGGAACAAACUGAAAUCCUUGACUUGGAUUCUCAUAAGGUGCAAACACACAGAUACGAGGAGGAGAUCAUGAGGAUGCAGCAGCAACAACAACAGCAGCAACAACAGCAGGGACUUCAGAUGCAGAUGCAUCAUCAACAAGUGAUGCAACAGCAGCAGUCGCAGAGAGUAGAAUCGCUUCCGGUGAGUUCCAUGUUAGGUUGGCCAACUAUUCAAACUCACGACUUUCAUACUGGACACCCACCAAUGGGUCCCAUAAACAAUGUUCCACCUAUCGUUGAUCAGGAUCAAUUUAUGCGCGGUCAACACAUUCCUGUGGAGCACGGGCAUCAGAGCUCACCAAUAAUCACGAGCACGCAACCGAUGUCGGGCCAUCAGAUGUCGACUGGAUUCGUGCAGCAGACACAGAAAGCGCCGUUGGGAAAUCAAAACUGGAAAAGCAACGAAGCGCGCCGUCCAAAGACGUACAAUUGCACUGCGUGCAACAAGUGGUUUACAAGUUCAGGACAUUUGAAGCGGCAUUAUAAUACUACGCUGCACAAAAACGCUGUCAAGAAUGGAAAGGAUCCUGAUCCGGCAACUCUACCGAUCACCUCUCAUCAUCAUCCCCCUAGAGAGAAUAGCGCUGGUCAUUCGAGCGGCAGAGGUAGCGGCGCUCCCGCGCGGUCUCCACCGGAAUUAUCUUCGCGGAGUCCCCCAAACUUGAUGGCAGGUCCCUCGGGCGAGGCGACGAGGGGCCUGCUUCACACGCCCACCACGCUCUGCAACAACAAUUCCAGCAGCAGCAACAGCAGCAGCGAAUCUUUAACAGCGGCGGCCCUGGCGCAGCAGCAGCAGCAACCGCAACAACUGGUCCAUGUGGGAAUAAUCAAUUCUCCGGUGUCAUCGCCGUUGGCGGGGCACCAUCAGCAACAAAUGGGUACUGCGCCUCACCAACUGGGCCUUCAGCAGCAGCAGCAGCAGCAGCAGCAGCAGCAGCAACAACAGCCUCACCUGUCAACGGGUUCGUCGGGCCAGCCGGUGCAUCAUUCCACGAUUUCACCCACCAUGCCCCCAGCGUCGCACACCCUGAAUUGCCCUUCACCAAUGGGUUCAUCAUCCCACCCGGGGGUUCAUCUCAUGAACUCGCCGCCCGGCUCGGGCCAUCCGGCAAUGACUUCGCCCACAGUGAUGGCGGGUACUACGAUGCCUCAGCAAACGUACCCAAACGCCUUGCCCCCCCACGUUACAAUUACUACCAGCACCCCGGUCCCGCUGGAAUCUACCCAAACGGCUACCCUACAACUUACUAUUGGUAACGAACAAAACGAGCAGCCACGAAAUAUGUUGCCCAGUUUUCGAUCCAUUCUGAAUUUCCCGGAUACAUUCGGGUUCGUGGUAGAUCAAAAUCAGACACAAGCUAUUAACGUGGGGGGGCUAAAUGUGGAGGAGAGCGCUCCUCAAGAGUCCUUUGAAUCUUCAGCAUCGACUUAUGAUCUAUAUUCGUCAACGCGUUACGUUAAGUUCGACAACGUAGACACAAUGGCGUUGCAAACGAAUGUAGACGGUGUGAUGCAAGAUGAAAAUGCAGGAGUUACGUUCUGCUAUGCAUUUGACAACCAUGUCGUCGAGAAGAACAAUAAUCAUCUACCGCACCUGGGAUAUGCAAAGGAGGAUGUAGACCCAAACGUCUGCUUGCAGCCUAAGAAAACUCGUAAGGGCAAAAGCAGCUCGAAGAAGGUACCCAAGAUUCCUACCACCACGGCUAAUAUCAUCUCGAACGGUGACAUGCAGAAAUGCGUCGAUUGCAAUAAGGUUUUUGUCAAGGCCUGCUAUUUGACGCAACAUGUCAGGAGUUUUCAUUCGGGCGAUAGGCCGUUUAAAUGUUCCCAGUGCGGCAAACGGUUUCCGGACGAAGAACAGCACAACAGACACGCGACAAUGCAUGCGAUGGCGAGAAAGCAUAAAUGUGAGUCAUGCCCAAAGAUAUUCGCUCACAAAACUGAUCUUAAGCGGCACCUUUGCAUCCAUACUGGUAAAAGGCCGUUUAAAUGUGAUAAUUGCGGAAAGGGAUUCAUCAGACAAGAUCACAUGAAGAAACAUCAAGAUACACACAACAGGAAGGCACGGGUAGAAAAACAACGUCAAGCUGCCCAACGGUUCGUCUCUCAACGAGUCAACCCUAACAAUUUCCAACGGAUCAACAUUCCACGAUUGCAACAAAAUCUCAAGAAUUUGAAGUUAGAUAAUCCAUAAAGACAUGUCUUUGCUCGAUUGGACUAUUCGAUGCGCGGCCUCGAGAUCGUCCUAAUGACAAAAAGCGCGAGCUCAAUCGUUCCGCAUAUUGACGGCACUAAUUAAUCGAUGCCUGAUUAAUUACUGGCAAAACGAGCCAAUCACCGAGGCUGCGAUCCGACCCCUUGGAGCGAAUUUCCCUUCGAGCCACGCGUCGUUCGACGCACGCAAGCAUGCAAUUGUGGGUAAACGUUCUCGUCGUUGUAACGAAAUAACGCCCAGGUAUGCAUAAUUGUUUCCUUCGGUCGUUAUCAAAUCGAGCGACCGAUUUCAGUGCGUUAAUAAUUUUUCACGUGAUACUACAUUAAUUAUUUUAAUCUUCAUGCAACUGUUGUUAAAAAGAGUUAUCUCUAAUAUGUCGAAUAUGUUGAUCUUACGAUCAAGUUUGUUUAAUUGUUCUUGAUUGUACAUGAAAAUAAGGGAAUAAUGAAAAUGUUUUAUAAUUGUUUCAUUAAGUACAAUAUGUGUUAACAUAAGUAUACAUAUUUUAUAUUUCGUGUAUUAGGUUUGUGUUUUCAUUAUGACGGUACGCAUUUUUUAAACAUUUUUUUUACUUUUUAAUGAAUAACAACAAUAAAAAUUUCAUGAUUUCUAUUGCUCAUACGAAAAUGUUUCUUAUAACAUUUUCAACAAAUUUAUUUGUAUGUUAAAUAUUAAUAAUAAUAUUUAUACAAUAAUAUUAAUAAUAUUAAAUAUUAAUAAUAUUUCAUAUUAAUUAAUAUUUAAUAUUAAUAUAACGAUAACGUAAUUAAUAAUUUAUUAAUAGUACAUUUAUUAAUUAUUUUGUAAGUACCUCAAAGAUCGCAUGACCGUUACAAUGAAUAACAUAAUACAGGAUAUUUCUAAUGACGUCAUAAAAUUUAGCAUUGUCAUUCGUUGAAAAUUUGUGAAUCUCGCAAAUAUGAUUCGUUUGCUUUUCAUCUUUAAGAUAUAACCACAUUUUACAUUACAGACACAUUAAAAUUGUAUUACAAAUAAACUUCAUAGCGAGUGUCUGAAGCUGGCUUUCACCGCCAGCUACGAAAUAAUAUCGUUUUAGAAAUAUCCUACAUGAAACAACAUAUGAGUGUGUAGAGAUAGAAUCAGACGUGGAGAACGUGCGCGCGCACAACGGUGCAUUACGUACUUACGCGACAUAAACAAACGCGAUAUCCUUUCCAAGCGCUGUUUUGUUUAAUUGUAUUAAAGAAGAGUAAUAUCAACGUAAUAGUAUCGACGUAUAAUAACACGGUCACACGGUAAUUAUAUAGCACUCUUGCCAUUUUUACUAUGUAAUGUCACACCCGGAACAAACUACCUCAGAGUUCAGGAAUUUAACGAUGAAUGAAUGGAGGAAAGAGAAAAGAGCCAAUGCAAUAAUAAUAAUAAUAAUACUGUAAAAGUAGCAAAGAGACCGGGCGGGCGAAAUAACGUGUGUUUCCACACAUUUUAUAUAUCAAUGGAUAAAUGCUUGAACGUUUAUGUGUCGAUGCAGGUCAUUCCUUCAUCCGAAUCUCAAGUUGAGAAGACAAAAAAUUGUAUAAAUUGUAUAAAUUGUAUUAUUUUUGUAAAUAACUUUUCUUUUUAAUUCUUUCGCGUUUUUUAGAUCGCCCGCCGGUUAAAUCAACUUGUAAUAAGACGUUAUAAUCUAGAAUUUAACAUAAAGAUGUAAGAAUGAUAAAAAAUGCGAGAGACAAAAAAAAGUGAAAGAGAGAGAAAGGAUAAGGAAAAAAAGAUGAUCUAAUAGCAAAUUUGGUUGGGUGCGCCAAUGCGCAUUAAUGUGAAUUAGUUAUACAUUAUGAAGGAAUUAUAGAGGAACAUUAAAGGCACAUAGAAAUAUACACAAAUUGGCGAAAAGACUUGUGCGCAAUACACUGUGUGCGCAGUAUAUUGGGAAUUCACGUUUUUGACGUAAACUAGCAUAAUAUUUGAUAGAUGUACACUUGACAUUUUUAUUUAAUCAAUUAGGGCAUCUAUUCUAUGUUUUUACAACUAGUAUGUUAGUGUGCAACCGAAUUCGCUAUGAGAUGCGAAGACUAAAGGAUAUUGGCGUACGUUUUCUAGAGACAUAUCACAAACAGUGUUACUGCACACUCAAUUUUAGUAAAAAAAAAAAAUAAUAAUAAUCGUAAAUGAACGUUUUCAGAAGAAAAUGUGCGUUCAGAAAAUUACGAUUAAUUAUACAUAUAUCUAACCAUAUCAAUGUUUUACGAAACGACUGUGCGUCAUGUGAGAGGCCGAAAUAAUGUGACACGAUACGACAUUUUCACUCGUCUCCGUGUAAGACGAGUGAAAGAUAGAUGCGAGAAGAGCAUAGGUAACGACAUUUUAACGGCUAUAUUUUUAGUAUGGUUUUUCUAUGUGGAGAGAUUUGUGUAUAGUAAAGUUGCUUCAAGAGAGAACUGAAAACUUGUUUUCCAUAUUAUGGGCUAUUAUGCCAACUAUUAUAUAAUAUUAUUACCUAUUAUUAUUAUUGAUAAAAAUUAUUGUAUUACGUAAUUCUGUAUACAUUUUAUAUUCAUUUCAACGCCUAUUGUGAAAAGUGAUGAUCACCCGGCUCGUACAUGUGCUAUGUAUAACUCUACGCUUAUACGUGUGUGUAUACACUGGGGAAUUUUUUUUUUUUUAAUCGACUAUCUGACACAUUAGGCCAGUAGGAUAAUGAUAUCUUAGGUUUCGAAUAAUAAUCUUUUAGCAAAUUGUUGUAUGUUUUAAGUUUUUUAAAUGAUGGAUUUUGAACAGAACCGUAAGAUUUCCUUCAAAAAGUUAAAGAGAAAGUUCCUUCGCGUACGAGCCCUCUACCCCUUAGAUAUUUUAUAUUCUAAAGAGUGACCCCCUCACCCGCGUAAACAUUUUAUACAGUGUAUAUCACAUAUGUAGAGAUUAAUGUAGAACAUCUAGAAACAAUGUCCCGAAAUGUUUGAGAUCCUAGGAAACUAUAAUUCCAUUAAUCAACUAACAAAUCAAUAUUUUAACGAACUUGGACACAUAAUGCGUAAGUCAUAACUUCUGUAAACAUAUCAUUAUUUUUGAGGGAAAGAGAAAUAGAUUAUAAACUGCAAAAUUUCUCUUUAUCUUUCUCUAUUUUUUCCUAUUUCUAGAUAUAAGAAUUUCAAGAGAAGGAUUAAAAGAAUUUUAAGAGGGAACUGCAUUCAGGGACAUUGUCUCUACAUAUACUAUAAGAAUAAUGAUAAGGCAUAUGUAAAUAAGAUAAACGCGGAAUAAACGUUUGAAUUACAAAAUGGGCAAAAUAUCAAUGAUGUUGGGAUAUCCCUCAAAAAAUGUGAUUCUGAUUUCAUGGGCAUUUUCUCGAAGGGUAUAUUACACAAGACUAUGAAUUCACGCGAGAAAAGUGUAACUCGAGAGAGAUUUUCUCGUUUCGUAAAACUGUAAUUUCGCACACACCUCUUGUUUAUAUCUCCCUUGUGCCAUAACCAUGCUUGUUGGUAAAUUAUAAAGUUCCAGAGAGAAGGCGAAAGAGUGUGCGGCGACUGCGACAUAAUGGAUGAUAAAUAGAUUUCGAUUAUAUAUAUAACAAUUGUAUACUGACAUUAACUUCAUUCCAAAUACGAAAUGAUGACAUUAUGCGUUUUCUGUUCCUCUUGAUGGGCAUGCGAAGUCCCGAAAGAAACCUCCACGAAAUUAAAAAAAUGGGACGAAACAGUUUGAAAAUUAAUAAACCUAAUAAUAUUAUCAGGUCAUGCGAAAUUUUUCGAGUUUGCACACCUUCGAAUAUUACGGGAAAACCGUACUUUGUUACAUAUUUACGCUCAUUUCGAGAUCAUAAUUUUUUGAGUUAACAUAAAGCCAUUUUUUGUGUUUCGUAAUAAUGACUUUUUAGGAUUUUGCAUGCUUACGAUGCUGUUUUAAAGAUAAUAUGCAUAACAUAAGAUGCAUAAGCUCUCAUGACAAAGAAUUGCAAAACUGAAGAUUACAUUUCUCACAAAGAUAUGCAAGAUGUUGCAGAAAUAUAGCUCAGAUUAUUUUUCAACAUUAUGCACAACCAGAUUAUCUUUCUCAAAAGGCAACAAUGUAAAAGUAAUAUAGCAGGAUUUUAAAGAGAGUUUCAAUCCUGUUUAUGCAUCUUAUGAUUCAACUGGUAUCAUGGGCUUUUCCCACAUUGCAGCUAGUCAUUUUAAUAUUUUAAUAAUAGAACAUGAAAGAGAUAUUUGUCCAUAUUUGUGUCUUCAAUGUAUAAGAUUUAAUAUUCAUUUAAUUCCUUUCUUCAAGUAAACAUGUAACACGUCGUCUACAAUGGACAGUAGCAACAGUGAAUGAGACUGUAACGUCGGAGUAAGCGUGGAAUUCGUUCGUAAGCGAAAUGGUCGAAAUCCAUUUCCCACAAUCUGUUCUCUUGUUCUCACCAAUGAGAACUCCUACUGCUCUUAGGGUAUAGUAAACGUACGCGUUUAGCUUAUUAUAAUCUACACGCUGUUGUAGACACUCGGGCGUAAGGAGACCAUAACCUGCAGUCUAUAUUUAAUGGUCUACAAUACGCGCAGUAGGCCUUAAACUAUAAGAUCAAUCAGCUGUUAACCACAACCGUAUGUGAGAAAAAUUAUCAAGUGUGAUUAGUCGAUUUCUUACAGUUUAAGGCUCGCUGUAGAUAGGCCAUGACGCUCACCCCUUAAUUCAUCACCGCUACCGCUCAUUGUGGACGACGAAUGAUGACGCGUCUGCAUCUAUCAGCACCGCGAUUUGUAUUAUAUAAUAAUGCUUUCCUGAAAGUAAGACGAAACAGAAGCAAAGGAUAGUAAUUUCUAUUUGUUUUUAUAAGUUUUAGUAAUAUGGAUUAGUUUUGUUUUAAAUUUUUAUAAAUAGUUUAUAUUUCGCAGAAUAAAAUAACUUUUCUCUUAACUAUUUAUUUUCUUUUUGUUUCCUUUUUGUUCCUUUCUUUUCCUUUGUUCCUUACGUAUUAGUAUUAUUAUUUUUUUUUUUUUUCAUCAUACGCACUGCGCUUUAUGGAUUAUAUAGUGUAUAUACUGUGCAUGUAUUGUUUGAUGUAUGGGUAUAUCGUACUAUUAGCAAAAUCCAAUUACACUUUAUAUCUGUAAGACGAGUAAAUUCGCAUUAACAUUGUUAUCUCAUAUUUAAGAUUAUAUGUAUAUACGUAAAACGGAAACACGUGAGAAACCUUACGAGAUUUAUGAAUUACUUUCUCGAGUGCUUCGAAGAUAUUUUUUUCUUGCAAUACGAAGUUACGUAUUGUGUUGGAGCAAUUUAGCCUUGCCUUACGAUAUACCGCAUUCAGCCAGAUUUGAGAUAUGGCGUAUGAUACAUGGGUACCGAACGGGUUAAUGCACGUUAUAUUUGUUUCGCGUAUUCGUGAUCGAGCUUCAUUAAUUCCGGCGAGCAGAACGUUUUCAGCCGUUCUACGUUCCAAAAUCCGUGGAUUCCGUUUCGUUUUAUAUACUGUUUGCACGGGCAUUUUUUCUCGCGCUUUUAUUGGCCAAUUUAGUUAAUAUCAGAGUACAGACACGUGGGCAUGUACGCGCCCGCGAGAUUCCAUGAAAUAUCCCGAUCGUGGCGAAUCGCCCAUCCUCCCGAUCUGUACCAUUACACCCACCAUCUCCCUUCUGUAAUCCUUUCCCUCCCCCCCCCCUCCUCUUCUCCCACGCCAGCUUCUCGUCGCGUACUCGUAACCUUGGGCAUUCUGUAAUUUAGCAAAUUGUUGCGGACUCGACGAAAGGAAUCGCUCGAUUCGCGAGUGCUUCGCCAAUAGCGAUGAUGGUAUCGCUCGCCGCGCUUGGACGACUCGAGCGCGAAAAAGGAUAAACAAAUAAAUAAUCGGAGAAUCGAGACGAGAUAGGGAUGUCCCGCGAAUUCCUUCGGAUGAAGCGAAAUUCUGAUCUCGCACGCGACACUCGAUCGUUUCGGACGGUGACAAAAAGUUUGUUUCUUUAAAAUUCCUCAAAUAAUCGAAAACAUUUAAAUUCGAUAGUUAUUAUAAAUAAAAUAAAACAAAAAUCUUAUGAACUUGUGAAGUACUUUUGGAUUUUAUACUUUUAUAUUGUAGAAUUACAUAAUUAUAUUUCGUAUUGCAACGUUGCAUGUUAAUUUAACUUUAUAAAAAACCUUUAUUUUAAAAAUUAUAAAUAUUACAAAAUUAUGAAUCUUCUUUCACUUCUAAUUUGCAAUGUUGUACAAUCAGCUUUUUCGUGUUGGUUUGUCGCUAGGUGAAUUAAAUACAUCGUCGGUUUAUUUCAUCGCUAUUUAAAGAUCUAUAAUCAGCCGAUACGCAUAUCCUUAUGGAGAGCUAAUCAACGUCAGCUAAAAAGGCUCGGCGAAGCAAGCGCGAAUCGAGGGAGGCUUGCGCGGCAAUACGGCGGGGCUGAGAGAAACAAAAAUGAAGAAAACGAGGGAUCAGACGACCACGACGACGAAGAUCGAUAGUCGUGUGGAUUUAAUUGCGAAUUACGCGGUAAUGAUUGCCGAUCACCCUUUCCUUGUUUCGCAGCAAUAAUAAUUAAUGGCCGAUCGGCCCGUCGGACGCCGCUGCCCCGCCGCUAUCGGCGAGUCCACAUCGUUGUUAGACUUAGACAACAUCUACCUGAUGAUGAAGCAAUAUAUUGACGCGAUUUAUAAGACGAAAGAGGAAGAACCGAGUGAAAAAUAGAGAGCGAAAGAGAGUGAGAGCGAGAGAAAAAGAGAAAAGUACGAAAGAAUACCGAAUGAGUGAGCGGAGCAGCGUGUAUGGCAUGAGAAAAAAAGUAAGUCGAAAAUGAAGCGAUGUUAGGUGUAGUCCACUGUACUGUAUUAUGCGUCUUCUAGCUAAAUUUUUAUGUUUUCUAAUUCGUUGUGAACGAAUGUUUUUUGGUAUAAAUAUAUAUAUAAAUAAAUGAAUCUAUAUAUAUAUUAUAUAUUUAAAUUCUAGAUUAUACGAAUUCUAAGUGAGAAAUCAAUCAACGAGCUGCGUGUGGCGGCUGCUAUUAUAUCUCGCUGCGAUAAACUCACGAGCGACCGACGAUGUAUAUCGUCUAAACGAGAGUGACAAUCGAGAUCCACGAAACGCGAGAUGUCUGCUUGAAUGCAUAUCCUGGGCGCGCAUUUAACGCUGAAUGCGACCGAAUUAUAUUUGUCUAGUGCAGGAGAGAUCGCGUUUGAUGAAAAGGUGGCAAACCGCGGACGGUCGCGUUCCAGCGAUAACUGCGCGAUUCGAUCACGAAUCUUACGUGUCUCGCAGAGAAGUAAAUAUUCCGAAGAGACGCAAGAAAAGUAAAAACAAAAAAAACCAAAAAAAAUUGGCAAUCGUCCGAGAUUGCCGGAUCGCAAUACUUGUUAGACCGUUGCCGAUCGGCAGCGUCGGGAAAGCCAUCCAGAGCCGCGAGUCGUGAUUUGCACGCGCGCGCGCGUAUAUAAAAGAAAGAAACUUUACAAUUAACUCUAUAACUACUAGCCCUUUCGAGAGGAGCACACUGCCGCCACGGGACAGAUUCGAGGGAGUUGGAGGAGGCGCGGAAAGCCGUGAAGAGAGUUCGAGCGGAUCUCGAUCAUGCAGGCCGCGUAUAGAAAUCUGUAUACAGGUGCGUCCGCACUCGUGCAUCCGACGCGACGCGACGCGCGUCGUGAGCCAUUUACGUAUAUGACGAACGCCAUACACAAGUACCUCAUGAUACAAAACACAUGUACAAAUGUUCAUACGUUUUCAGAAUAAUAUUAGCUAAUUAAUAAAUAAUGAAUAUCCAAGAUC